AUAUAGAUGGCUGGUCUUAAAGAUGAACCGUCUCAUGAGUAAGAGAGAGAGAGAGAGAGAGAGAGAGUUGGUCAUAGCAUAGACCAUCAAAACCUUGCUCAGCGCUGCUCUACCCUUCCCUCCUCCCUCUCCGUCCCAUCCCCUGCUCCGUCCCGCCCCGGCCCGCCUCUCCCGUCCGAGUCCCAGCACCCCGACCAACCAGUGUGCGUGUAGCCGUCUUAGUGAGAGGUGGCGUGUAGUCGCUCCUCAUCGCCGGCCCCUCGCGUGUGUUGAUGACAAAGUAAAGUGCUGAGACUCGUGUUGUGAUUGUCAGCACAAGACUUGAAUUACUCUGAGAAAGGAAUCUGUUGUACUACGUUUUGUAAACAGUGAAUCAGCGCCCGCGGCCGCCGUGAUGGACGCGCCCGCGCUCUAGCACCAUGGAGCGACGACUCAAGCUGAAGUCGCUGAAGCGAGUCUACAGCCAGAAGGUGACGGGGGCCGAGCGGCGCGAUGUGGGGCUCCGCUCCCCUGGGGCCCCAAAGAAGCCUUUGGUUAAAUCUCUGUCAAUGGACUGGCGCCUCAACCUGGGGUCCCCACUGGACCCCGGCCCGCCUGGCCUCCACAGGAUUGAUGAGCUGGACUUAAGCUCAAGCCAACACCUGUGUCGGAGCGCCACCUGCCCCAGCGUGCCCACCAUUGACCCUCAGGCCUCCCCGCUGCCGUCACGCCAGGCGCCUGAGUCUGUUCGCAGCUCUCCCGCCACGUCCGGACUCAGGUCGCUGGGCAGGGGCGUGGGGACGCCUCUUGUGCGGUCCCAUGAGGACCCGGGUCCCACCACCCCCGGCAGCGACAAGAGGCCGCACCGAGGGACUCCGCCGCGCACUCGCUCUCGUCCAGAGGGUCCUGCUCCUUCGUUCGGGCCCCGGUCUGCUGCCGCCGUGGAGUCAGGGGGCAGCUUGGGGGCCAGCGUGGGCGGCACCAUCAAACGAUACGUCAGUCUUCUGAGGAGCCGAUCAGCUGUGUCCCACCGGGAGCGUCCCAUCCUAGGCCGCAUUAGUCCAGGUACGGUAUUGGUCAGUUUAGAGUUUAUAGCACACUGGGGCUGA